ACCUGCGUACUCCGCCUUCCGGGCCGCGGAUUGGCCCAAGACGGGGCCCGUCCGUCGCGCUGGUGUCUGGGAAGGAGAGAAAAUGGCGUCUGAGCCGAGCAAGACCGAGAUCCAGACCUGUUUUAAGAGGCUUCGCGCAAUUCCGACCAACAAGGCCUGUUUCGACUGUGGCGCUAAGAAUCCGAGUUGGGCAAGCAUAACGUACGGUGUUUUCUUGUGCAUAGACUGCUCCGGGGUGCACCGCUCCCUGGGUGUCCACCUCAGCUUUAUCAGGUCCACAGAGUUGGAUUCCAACUGGAGCUGGUUCCAGCUGAGAUGUAUGCAGGUCGGCGGGAACGCCAAUGCGACAGCUUUCUUCCGUCAACAUGGAUGCACAGCCAGCGAUGCCAACACCAAAUACAAUAGCCGAGCUGCCCAGAUGUACCGGGAAAAGAUCCGGCAGUUGGGAAGUGCGGCCCUGGCUCGGCAUGGCACCAACCUUUGGAUAGACAAUAUGAGUAGUGCAUCCAGUCACUCCCCAGAGAAGAAGGACUCUGAUUUCUUCACAGAACACACUCAGCCCCCGGCCUGGAACGCACCAGCCGCCGACCUAGCAGAGACCCAGCAGCCGGCCCCGUCUGCGGAGAGCAGUGGAUUAGCACAGACGGAGCUUGGCCCCAACACGGACCUACUUGGCACCUCACCGAAAGCUCUGGAGUCCAUGUAUCUGUCACCUAAAGGGGCCCUUCCUGCCAGAGACAUGAAGACGUCCCUCAUUGGCAAAAAGAAGCCCGCAGCAGCUAAGAAAGGGCUGGGUGCCAAGAAAGGUCUCGGGGCCCAGAAGGUGAGCAGCCAGAGCUUCAGCGAGAUUGAGCGGCAGGCCCAGGUGGCAGAGAAGCUCCGUGAGCAGCAGGCAGCUGAUGCCAAGAAGCAGGCGGAGGAGUCCGUGGUUGCCUCCAUGCGUCUGGCGUACCAGGAGCUCCAGAUUGACCGUAAAAAGGAGGAGAAGAAGCUACAGAACCUGGAAGGGAAGAAGCGAGAGCAGGCAGAGAGGCUGGGCAUGGGCUUGGUGUCCCGAAGCUCCGUCUCCCACUCGGUGCUGUCUGAGAUGCAGGUGAUCGAGCAGGAAACCCCAGUGAGUGCCAAACCCUCCCGCUCGCAGCUGGACUUGUUUGACGAUGUUGGUACUUUCGCCUCUGGACCCCCAAAGUACAAGGACAACCCCUUUUCCUUGGGGGAAAGUUUUGGUUCCCGCUGGGAUACAGAUACCGCCUGGGGUAUGGACAGGAUGGAGGAGAAGGAGCCAGAAGUGACCAUCUCAAGCAUCCGGCCAAUUUCAGAAAGAGUCACAAACCGGAGGGAAGUGGAGAGCCGGAGCUCAGGCCUCGAGUCCAGUGAAGCACGUCAGAAAUUUGCAGGAGCCAAAGCCAUCUCAUCUGACAUGUUCUUUGGGCGGGAGGUAGAUACCGAGUAUGAGGCCAGGUCUCGGCUACAGCAGCUCUCAGGCAGUAGUGCCAUCAGCUCUUCAGACCUCUUUGGGGACAUGGAUGGAGCUCAUGGAGCAGGUAGUGUAUCUCUGGGGAAUGUGCUCCCCACAGCUGACAUUGCCCAGUUUAAGCAGGGUGUCAAGUCUGUGGCCGGGAAGAUGGCUGUGCUGGCCAAUGGUGUGAUGAAUUCUUUGCAGGAUCGCUAUGGUUCCUAUUGAUCCAGGCUCCACGGUUCAGGCAUUUGGUGGUGACAGCAGCAAAAACCCCAUGAUCGCCAGGCCGGGGCUGCUUGCCUUGUGGAAGCUGGGGAGGAACUGUUACUUACGUGUGUGGUGUGUGACUGGGGUGGCCUUUGAGGCUCUCUGGUGAGGGGAUGGGCGGUAUCAGCCCUUGACCUCUCUGCCUGUAGACCAAGCCCUUUACUCUUCUCCCUCACACCCCCUCCCCCGUGCGCUAGACCCUUGUCCUUCCAGUUCUGCUCCCGAUGCUGCUGCUCACUUGCCCUGCCACACUGGGAGCGCAGGGAGGGCAUCUCCUCAGGACGGCUGAUUCUGGGUCCAGCCCUUCCCUGAGUUGGGAAAGUGAAAAGUGUAAGGCUUUUUUGCCGGCUCUAGGAUCCUUCCAGGUGGCUCGGGGGCUCAGCCCCCACCCUCUGGAACCAGCAGGGAGGUCGAGGAAGAGUUCUGCUGCAGACCAGCCCCCAGAGGGAGGGAGGCUCUGGGCUUGCUGCUGCUGUUGAUGCUCCAGUGGCCUCUUCUGGGCCCCAAGAGAGGGCAGGGCAGGGGAAGGACCUUCGUUUGGGCCUGACUAAGGGCUAGAAACUACCUGGUAUCUAAAGGUUUCAUUGAGGAUCAGACUGGAGGCCCAAGUGGUCAUCUGCCUCACCGCCCCUUUCUACAGUGGUCACUGGGAGGAUUACUUUUCCUCCUGGGCAUCUCAGAGUCCUUGCCUACCAUCCAUGUGGACCACAGGACCCUCUGUCCUGUCCUGAGACUCCCUUUUUCCCCCUCAUUUUGUGGCCAUGGUGAGUCUCACCUGCCCUGUGGUGUCCUGCUGUGGAUGCUGUGAGCAUAAUGCUGGCCAAGGAAGCAGAGGACAUGAGGGACAGAAGCAGGCUCCUGGGCUUAAGGGGGUCUGGACAGCACCCCACCAGUGAGAGCUUGGUGUGCCCAGGGCUGCCUGCCUCGCCCCCCAGCCGCUGGGCCAUGCACUGUGUCAUCCUUGGUGCCAUCUUCCCCUGCCACGCUGGCAGUCUGGGCUAACCCCGCCCCCUGUGGGUUGAGGGUUGGGCUCCCAAGCAACAGACCACUCUUCCCACCACCCCCUCCUCGAAAGGGACUUGACUUUUCUUUCUGAACUGUUUGUAUUGAAAUAUAGUGGUGUCAAAUAAAGCCCCGAUGGGGCCGCAGGCCCCUGUUGGUCUGAA